GAGUCCUGGGUGGGGGCGGGCGUGGGAGGCUCCCCGCGGCAGGUGGGACGCUCGGCCCUGGAGAUCGAAGCCCGCGGGACGGGCGCGGAGGAAGCUGCGGCCCGGGAGAAGGGGCGGGGCGGGGCGGGGCGGGGUGGAGGGACCCCCGGGCCCGCAGCCCAGCCUGCAGCUCCCACCCCUCCUCCCGCGGGGGCCGAGCCCAGAGGCAGCGGCUGCGGCUCUGCCCACUUCACCUGGCCCUGCCCCUCGUCACCGGUCCCUGCCGCAGGCUGCCCCUCUCCUCCUCCUGGGGCCCAUCAUGAAUGGUGCCCCUUCCCCGGAGGACGGGGCCUCCCCCUCGCCACCCCCGCUGCCACCCCCGCCUCCCCCGAGCUGGCGGGAGUUCUGCGAGUCCCACGCCCGUGCUGCCGCCCUGGACUUCGCCCACCGCUUCCGCCUCUACCUGGCCUCGCACCCCCAGUAUGCGCACCCCCAGUACGAGGUCGCCUUCUCCCGGCGCUUCGCCGAGCUCUUCCUGAAGCACUUCGAGGCGGAGGUGGCCCGGGCCUCGGGCUCGCUGUCACCGUCCGUCCUGGCACCCCUGAGCCCCGGCGUGGAGCUGCCUCCUCACGAGCUGGGUCUGGAGAGCUGCCGGCCGGUCGGGCCCCUGGCGGUGCUGGGCCCCUCUCGCUCCUCCGAGGACCUGGCCGGCCCCCUGCCCAGGUCCUCCGCCUCGGCCUCGGCCUCCUCCACGGUGUCCUCCAAACCCAAGCUCAAGAAACGCUUCUCUCUGCGCUCGGUGGGGCGCUCAGUCCGGGGCUCUGUCCGGGGUAUCCUGCAGUGGCGGGGGGCCGGUGACCCUCCCUCCCCGGCGGGACCCGUGGAAACCUCAUCGGGGCCUGCAGUCUUAGGUGGGAACAGCAACUCCAACUCCUCUGGUGGCACCGGGACUCUUGGCAGGGGCCUGGGCAGUGACGGAACCUCUCCAGGGGACCGAUGGACUCACCGCUUCGAGAGGCUGAGACUCAGUCGGGGUGGGGGCACCGUGAAGGAUUCUGGGGGGCUGGUGCAGAGGGAGGAGCUACUGAGCUUCAUGGGGGCCGAGGAGGCAGCCCCCGACCCAGCUGGACUGGGCCGGGGUGGAGGGGCGGCCGGGCCCAGCUCCGGGGGAGGAGGGCAGCCGCAGUGGCAGAAGUGUCGCCUACUGCUUCGAAGUGAAGGAGGAGGAGGCGGAAGCCGGCUGGAGUUCUUUGUGCCGCCGAAGGCAUCCCGGCCUCGACUCAGCAUCCCCUGCUCUGCUAUCACAGACGUGCGGACCACCACUGCCCUGGAGAUGCCCGACCGGGAGAACACAUUUGUGGUCAAGGUGGAAGGCCCCUCGGAGUACAUCCUGGAGACAGUUGACGCACUGCACGUGAAAGCCUGGGUGGCUGACAUCCAAGAAUGCCUGAGCCCAGGCCCCUGCCCUGCCACCAGUCCCCGCCCCAUGACCCUCCCGCUGGUCCCCGGCACCUCCUUCCUCCCACGGGAGAGCACGGGCACCCUGGAGCCGCCCUGCCUGAAUCACUCAGAGAGCCUGCCCAGCCAGGACCUGCUGCUGGGCCCCAGCGAGAGCAAUGACCGUCUGUCGCAGGGGGCAUACGGGGGCCUCUCAGACCGUCCCUCAGCGUCCAUCUCCCCCAGUUCGGCCUCUAUCGCUGCCUCCCAUUUCGAUUCGAUGGAACUGCUUCCCCCUGAGUUGCCCCCUCGCAUCCCCAUUGAAGAGGGGCCCCCAGCAGGGACAGUGCACCCCCUCUCAGCCCCCUACCCACCCCUGGACACUCCAGAAAUAGCUACAGGGUCAUUCCCGUUUCCCGGGGAGACAGAGGGCAGUGACAGCGACCAGCCCCUCUCAGGGUAUCCGUGGUUCCAUGGGAUGCUCUCUCGGCUCAAGGCCGCCCAGCUUGUCCUGGCGGGGGGCACCGGCUCCCAUGGUGUCUUCCUGGUCCGGCAGAGCGAGACAAGGCGGGGUGAAUACGUCUUGACUUUCAACUUCCAGGGCAAGGCCAAGCACCUGCGCCUGUCGCUGAACGAGGAGGGCCAGUGCCGGGUCCAGCACCUGUGGUUCCAGUCCAUCUUCGACAUGCUCGAGCACUUCCGGGUGCACCCCAUCCCCCUGGAGUCCGGAGGCCCCAGCGACGUGGUCCUUGUCAGCUAUGUCGUAUCCGCCCACCGACAGCAGGAGCCGAAUACCUCCCAUGACCCACCCCAGCCCCCUGAACCCCCUUCAUGGACAGGUCCCCCACAGCCUGGGGCAGAAGAGGCGUCGAGGACGCCAGAAGUGGCCACCGCAGCAGCCAAAGAGAGGCAAGAGAAAGAGAAAGCGGGCGUUGGAGGGGUCCAGGAAGAGCUGGUCCCCGUGGCUGAGCUGGUCCCCAUGGUUGAAUUGGAAGAGGCCAUAGCAGCAGGCGUGGAGGCCCCGGGGGACACCGGAUCCCGUGGGGACUCUGGGGCCAGCCAGAUGGUGCAGCUCUCGCAGCUACCGCUAGGGGGUGAAGGAGACGCAGGGGGCCACCCCAGAGCCAUUAACAACCAGUACUCCUUCGUGUGAGACCCCCUCCCCCUCCACAGUCCACCUCCUUGCUCCGCAGCCAGCCCUCAACUCAUGAGGGGCUGUGCAGAGACCGAGAGCAGUAGGAACCCCCCUCUACACACUUCCCAACCCUUGACAGCCAAGGGCAUGUAUGUCGGUACAAGAAAAGGUUCGAGAGCCCCGUUCACUCCCCACACCCCCAGUUCAGACACUACAGGCACUCCCUCCCCUGGGCAAGGGACCUGGGCUCCAUUACCUCCCCAAGGGGCUAUUACAGUUGGCCCCACCCUGGGGGCCAUUUCCCCAUUAAUCACCCCCCAGCCCUCGGAAGGGUGAGGGGGGAAGGGCUGUCAGUUCUAUUAAGGUUGUUGUUGUUGUUUUAAACAAAAUGAAGACAAAUAAAUAAAUAAAU